AUGAUCAGAUCGAACAGGAACCAGGACGACGAAAGAAGCUAUGGAGUGCCAGAGUUCGCACAGGCUGCCUUACCUGCCGUGUCCGACAUAUCAAAUGCGACGAAAGAAAGCCCGUCUGCGGGAGAUGCGUCGUCAGCAACAAGUCGUGCGAUUACCCGCAGCACCGCGCCGCUCCGACAGGCAGAGCUUCCACAAGCGGAUAUUAUGGAGGCUAUACGGUACUACUACAAGGUCUUCUUUCCUAGAAAGGACCUCGGCAUUUGCCUUGCAGAAUAG